AUGAAUAAUUCAAUUUCAUAUUUAAAAUUACAUUUUUUAGAAUUAAAAUAUAAUUUAAUUAUUUUUAGUUUUUCUUUUUUAUUUAUUUUUUUAAAUUGUUCUUUUUUUACAGAUCAAUUAAUAUAUAUAUUUAUAAAACCUUUAUUAAAUAUUACUCAUUUAAAAUAUUUUAUUUAUACUGAAAUAACAGAUAUUUUUAUUUUAAAUUUUUAUUUAUCUUUUUUUUUUACAAUACUUAUUAGUAUUCCAUUUAUUUUAAUACAAUUAUGGUUUUUUUUAUUACAAGGAUUAAAUAAAAAAGAAAAUAUUAAAUUAUUAAAUUUUUUUUUUUUAUUUUAUAUAUUAAAUUUUAAUUUCAUAUAUAUAUGUUUUAUAACAAUUAUACCAAAUCUUUGGUUAUACUUUUAUAAUAUAAAUUAUUUAAAUAAUUAUAUAUUUAAUAUUUAUUUAGAACCUAAAUUAUAUGAUUAUUUUUUAUUUAUUUUUACAUUCUUUAUAUAUAUAUAUAUAAUAUUUAUAUGUUUAUUUAUAUUUUAUUUUUUAAUAAUUUAUAAUGUUAUUAAUAUUGAAAUUUUAAUAAAAAAUAGAAAUAUAUUUUAUUUCUUAUUAUUAUUAAUUACUUUUUUAAUAAUACCUUUAGAUUUAAUUAAUCAAGUGUUAUAUUUUUUAUCAAUUUUAAUUAUAAUAGAAAUUUAUAUUUAUAUUUCAUAUAUAUUAAAAAUAUAUAAAAAAUAA